AACCUUUCAAAUACCUUUUUCUUGCUUCCAGGUUCUUCCUGUGAAGUGUCUAAUAAACUGCAAGCAUCCACGAGAAGCUUGAGAGUGAGGCCGAGGUUUCUGAGGCCUGGCUGUAGGAGAAACAUUAACUACAGGCCAGGUGAGCAUCCACGAAGGCGAUCUAUUGAGUAGAGUGUUAGAACCCUGGGAAGAGCCUGUUCUCCUGCACUAAGUGGAGCAAUGUCACAAGGCACAACUACUUACUCUUUCGAUGCUCCCACUGACUUUAUCAAUUUUUUAUCUUUGGAUGCUGAACAAGAGACUGAAAAUGUAGACUCCUGGUUUGAUGAGAAGGCCAACCUGGAGAACAAGUUUCUUGGGAAGAAUGGAAUAGGAGAGCCUUUUCAGGGCAAAGCUUCCCUGAGGACAGCCACGCUUCAGCAAGGCUCUGUCACACCUUUGAAGGCAGUUGAGAAUACUUACUAUAAAGAGACAGAAAAGGAAAAUCUUCAGAAACAAUCCAUUCCAUCAAAUGACGGCUCUUCUCUGAAUGCUAAGGGAGCUGUAUCAGGAAAUACUCCCGUCCAGCCUCAGAGGAGAUCUGUUAGACUCUCUGCUCAGAAGGAGUUGGAGCAGAAAGAAAAAAACCAUGUUGCCCUUGUUGAAAUGAAAGCAAAGAGACAAGCCACUGCUGAGGGUGACGGCCUGCCUAACAAGAGGAUGAAGGUUGCUCAUAAAAAGAAACCAGAGGAAGAGGAAGAAGGCAGUGUUCCAGCUACUUCAAGAAAGGGUGAAGGAGAAGGCCUGGAGAAAGCCAAGGGCAGGCAUGCUGUGUCUGCUGUCCCACCUGCAAGGCAGAAGGUUCUAAAGAGUACUGAAGAGCAGGAGUUGGAGAAAAGACUGAAAAUGCAGCAGGAGGUGGUGGAGAUGCGGAGAAAGAAUGAAGAAUUCAAGAAGCUUUCUCUCGCAGGGCCAGUGCAACCUGUGAAGAAAUCUGUGAGCCAGGUCACCAAAACAGUUGACUUUCACUUCCUCACAGAUGAGCGAAUCAAACAACAUCCCAAGAACCAGGAAGAGUAUAAGGAAGUGAAUUUCAUGUCAGAACUUCGAAAGCAUCCCUCAUCUCCUGCUCGAGUGACUAAAGGAUGUACUAUCGUUAAGCCUUUCAAUCUGUCCAAAGGAAAGAAAAGAACAUUCGAUGAAGCGGCUUCUACAUAUGUGCCCAUUGCACAGCAGGUUGAAGCUUUCCACAGACGAACCCCUAAUAGAUAUUACCUGAGGAACAAGAAGGACGAGAACUUGUUACCCUCCAGAUCUACGACCAAGGUGAACCGAGAUCCCCAGACUCCCGUACUGCAAACCAAAUACCGUGCAAGGCCUGUGACAUGCAAAAGUGCAGCAGAGCAGGAGGCUGAGGAGCUUGAGAAACUGCAACAAUACAAAUUCAAAGCACGGGAAUUUGAUCCCAGGAUUUUUGAAGGUGGCCCCAUCUUGCCCAAGACACUGCCCGUUAAGCCUCCUACUCAGCCUGUUGGUUUUGAUUUGGAAAUUGAGAAACGAAUUCGGGAGCGAGAGGCAAAGAAGAAACCAGAGGAUGAACACUUUGAAUUUCAUUCUAGACCUUGCCCCACUAAGAUCUUGGAAGAUGUCGUGGGUGUUCCUGAAAAGAAAGUAAUUCCAGCUACUGUCCCCAAGUCACCAGUUUUUGCAUUGAAGAACAGGACCCGAAUGCCCACCAGAGAAGAGGAGGAAGAGGAUAAGCCAGUAGUGAUAAGAGCUCAACCUGUACCACAUUACGGAGUGCCUUAUAAGCCCCACAUCCCAGGGGCAAGAAAUGUGGAGGUAUGCCCUUUCUCCUUUGACACCCGAGACAAAGAACGCCAGUUGCAGAAGGAAAAGAAAAUAAAAGAAAUGCAGAAGGGGGAGGUGCCCAAGUUCAAGGCACUUCCUCUGCCCUGUUUUGACACUGUUAACCUGCCAGAGAAAAAGGUAAAGAAUGUGACUCAGGCUGUGCCUUUCUCCUUGGAGACGGACAAAAGAGGAGCCUACAAGGCCAAGAUGUGGACGUGCCAGCUGGAGGAAGAGCUGAAGCAGCAGAAGAAAGCAGCUUGCUUCAAGGCUCACCCAAACACCGUCAUCUUCCAAGAGCCCUUUGUUCCCAAGAAAGAGAAGAAGUCAGCUGCUGAGAACCUUUCUGGUUCUCUAGAUCAGGGACCUUUUCAACUGGCCACCGAGAAGAGAGCCAAGGAACGGCAGGAGUUGGAAAAGAAAAUGGCUGAAAUGGAGGCCUGGAAAAUGCAGCAGUUGGAGGAAGCGAGGCAGCAACAGGAGGAGCAGCAGAAGGAGGAGCUAGCCAGGCUUCGCAGAGAGCUGGUGCACAAGGCAAAUCCAAUCCGCAAGUACCCACCAGUGGAGGUGAAAUCUAGUGAACUUCCCCUGACCGUGCCUGUGUCUCCCAAAUUCUCCACGCGAUUCCAGUAGAAGCUGCUCUCUGCGUCACAUGGGAGAGAACCUUUCUCAGACCCGUAUGUGGCAACGUGCCUGAGAGCUGGGGAUGCCA